AUGACCCCUAAAUUAUAUAAAGAAGAGGAGAAAUUGAUUGCAAAGGCCCUCAUGCCAUUUCAGCAAUAUAAACAUGUUCAUGGACGGGUUGUGAAUAAGAUUGCACGCUUAGGUGGCUUCGAUUUUGAUAAAAACGACUUUUUUGAAUUACGCGAUAUCCGGAUAAAGACUUUUACCACACGAACAAUUCGGCACGGCUGGAGAGAGCGAGGAAUUUGGCCUCUUAAUCCUCGGCUUAUACUUGAUACGAUGCUUCAGCCAGAUGAAGCAUUUGAAGCACUUGUUGCUGAAGGGGAUGCACUAAAAAUAUAUGGUGAGGCGGAUGACACUAUUCCCAGCUCACCAACUACAAAAUCAAUAUCUCCACCGUCAACCGCCGUAAAACUACGUCGCUAUGUCAAUAAGAUUGAAAAAUCGAUUGACAGUAUAAAGAAUAUUCUUGAUGAAGUAAGCCCGGGCCUUUCACGCCGUAUAAAAGUGGUUAAUCAAGGCAGUCUCACCUUGGCCGAAUUAGGCGAUCUACACCGUGAGAGCUUUGCCAAGGUUCGUGAUACAGCAACGCGCAAGAAUCAAAAAACUACAAAGCGCCAAGUCAAAGCAAGCGGUGCACUUUAUAUAAAAGAUGCAAAUCGCCUCGUAAAACGCCGUCAUGAUGGAGAUUUGUUGAAGAUUUAUAAGAGCCAUGCCGUUGGCGUGUCGCAGCCGACGGAAGAAGCGGCCUCAAUAGAGCCUCAAAACAGCGGUUUUUUCUUUGAUACUCAAGGAAAUAAGUGA